UUUCUUUUUACAUCCAAAUCUCAUUUCCUUUCUCCAAAGUAGUUUCCAUUUUUUUCCACAUAUAUAUACACAGACACACACUUACACCAUUCUCUCUAUCUGCUUUUCAUCUCCAGCAUUCGUUUUAAAGAUCUUGGCUAGCAACCCAAAGCGAUAAUAAGGGAACCACUGAUAAAAGAUACCCAGAGAGACUUGUCAUAUUUUUACAUAUAUCAACCCUUCUUCUUCUUCUUUAAUCUCUCUAUUUUUUUUUCUGGGUUUUUCUAUUUAAGGGUCGAAAUUUGGAAGAAAAAGAAGGGGAUAUCAGCAUGGGGAGGGGUAGGGUUCAGUUGAAGAGAAUUGAAAACAAGAUCAACAGGCAAGUCACUUUCUCAAAGAGAAGGUCUGGUUUAUUGAAGAAAGCCCAUGAAAUCUCUGUGCUUUGUGAUGCUGAAGUUGCUUUGAUUGUUUUCUCAACUAAAGGGAAGCUCUUUGAAUACUCAUCAGAUUCUUGCAUGGAGAGGAUCCUCGAACGGUAUGAAAGAUAUUCUUAUGCAGAGAGGCAACUUGCUGCAAAUGAAAAUGAACGAACUGGUAGUUGGACUUUGGAACAUGCAAAACUUAAAGCCAGGAUGGAGGUUUUACAAAGAAACCAAAGGCAUUAUAUGGGAGAAGAUCUUGAGAAUUUGAGUCUUAGAGAGCUUCAGAACUUGGAGCACCAACUUGAUUCUGCCCUUAAACACAUACGUUCAAGAAAGAAUCAGCUCAUGUUUGAAUCCAUUUCCGAGCUUCAGAAAAAGGAUAAAGCAUUACAAGAGCAGAACAAUGUCCUUGCAAAGAAGGUAAAGGAAAAGGAGAAGGAGAAGGAAAAGGAGAAGGAGAAGGAAAUGACCCAUCAGCCACAACAAAACAAUUGCCAAGAUUCAUCCUCAAUGCUUCCACAACCACUGCAGUCCUUGAACAUCAGUGACACAUAUGAAGCAAGGAGCAAUGGAAGAGAAGAGGGUAAUCCUAGUGCAGCACAACAUCGCAACUCCAAUGUGCUAUUGCCACCGUGGAUGAUUCCUCGUAUUGAGUAAUUAAAACAAGUAAAAGUCUCUCCUCUAAUUAGUAUGCAAUUUAAUGCAUUUACAUAUAAAAUAUGUAUAUAUGUGUUUAUAUAUGCAUGCGACAAACUGAUGUGUGACCUGCAUCUAUGUGUAAUCCCAGUGAUGUAAUUAUCAAGGAGGGUUUUGUUGAUACGAAUUAUAAUAUAAUGUAAAAUAUGAAUUUAACUACGAAAUCAUAUUAUCAGUUCAGCAGGAAAGAUGUAUUUUUAUCUUUAUUAAAUGCUAUCCUUUUGAAAUUA